CCUUCCAGUUUCUCAAAUCAAUUGCAUUCAUUUAUCAAAAAAUUUCGAGUACAUUGAAAUUCUCUUUACUUACUAUCACAUUAGUAACAGAGCAACCAAGAUCAUGGCUAAGGAAAUUCCUGCGGAGAUUUUCAGCGGAAAGAUGGGAGCACUUGGCGGUAGUUAUUCCAAGAGAGCGUACGUGACUUUCCUGGCUGGAUCAGGAGAUUAUGUUAAAGGCGUUGUGGGCCUUGCCAAGGGGCUUAGAAAGGUCAACAGUUUGUAUCCUCUGGUCGUGGCAGUCUUACCAGAUGUACCAGACGAGCACAGGCUGCAGUUGCGUAAUCAGGGUUGUAUUGUUCGAGAAAUCGAGCCCAUCAAUCCUCCAGAGAAUCAAGUCCAAUUCGCCAUGGCCUAUUAUGUUCUCAAUUACUCCAAAUUGCGCAUCUGGGAGUUUGAGGAGUUCAGUAAAAUGGUGUAUCUGGAUGCCGACAUUCAAGUCUUCGACAACAUUGAUAACCUGUUCGACAUGCCAGAUGGAUAUUUCUAUGCUGUCAUGGACUGUUUCUGCGAGAAGACGUGGAGUCACACCACCCAAUAUCAGAUCGGAUACUGCCAGCAGUGCCCCAACAAAGUGACGUGGCCAGCUGAGUUGGAGGAGGAGCGCCCUGCUCUGUAUUUCAAUGCCGGAAUGUUUGUGUUUGAACCCAGUAAAUUAACCUUCGAAAACAUGAUGGAAACUCUCAUGUCGACCACUCCAACACCCUUUGCAGAGCAGGAUUUCUUGAACAUGUAUUUUCAAAAGCAGUACAAACCCAUCCCUUUGGUGUACAAUCUGGUGCUGGCUAUGCUAUGGCGUCACCCGGAGAACGUAGAUCUGGAUACAGUCAAAGUUGUGCACUAUUGUGCAGCUGGUUCAAAACCGUGGAGUUUCACUGGUAAAGAGGAAAACAUGGAGAGGGAAGAUAUAAAAAGAUUAGUUCAUAAUUGGUGGGAGAUAUACAACGACGAAUCGGUGGAUGGAGUGAGCAGAUGUGAGGUGGUGCAAAGCAUCACCGCCAACGCUUUGCGUAGUGCAAUGGCCAAGGCAACCAACGCAUUGCCUGCUCCGCCCGCAGCUUGAACAGAGUCUAAAAAGUACAUCUGUAGAGUAUAAUGUAUCGUAUUUUAUAGUAUACUAAAAAUUGUGUAUAGAUCUGUUAAAUCCGUGGAGAUUUUGUGGCACGGAUGAAAAAAAAAUUUGUGUGUAUUUUCACAACACAAAAACAAAUUUGAUUUGUAUAUAGAUUGAUUUGUAACAAGGGGCUAUUAUUGCUUCUUCAUUUUGUAUUUGAUGGCAUACCAUUAUAAUAAUCA